AUGGCGUCAACACCACAAACAAAUGUGCUAGUACGCGGCAUCACGAAACUCCUGUGUGCCUACGCCGCACCGCUCCUAGAUUCGCGGAUCGAAGAAUCAAGUCAACCCUUCACUGUGCCCGACAUCAUACUGCCACAUGACAACUCCAAGUGGUGGGGUUGGACACACUAUGGCGUGUUCAUUACCGACCUUCCCGAGCCGUAUCGCUAUCUAAAUACCAUGACGUUCAUCGGCGCGCCAGGCGUCUUGUGUUUUGACAACGACUACCUCUCUGCCCCCGACGCACGAAAUACGGCCACUGUGCUGUCAUCAACCGCAUAUGGCGACACACACCACUACGAGGCCUAUGACGCAGCGAGUAGUUGCGAUUUUGCCGCAGAUGGUUCCCGCCUUGCCUGGGGAAACGAUCUUGUCAUCACUUCCAACUACCCCAACUUUACGGUGGCCGGCCGGUAUCGCCAUAUGCAAGUCAAACUCCAAAUCUCGGCCACCAAGCAAGUUUCCUGGUUUGUCCGAAGCCCUGUUUACGAUCACCUAAGUCUGCUUGCUACGUAUACUGGUUCUAUUACGGAUGAUCGUGGCACUACUGAGAUUGCCGGAAUGUGUACUGUUGAGUAUGCCCGCAGCAUGACUCCCCAGGCACUUAGUCGGCAUCCCCUCCCUCCCCAACUCAAGAUACCGGUGCACUUUUUCACCUACCAAAUUCUUCACCUGGACAAACGCACUCAGCUGCUGCUAACCGACGUGCGUGCGGAUGGCAUGACGUUGUGCAAGUUGGCAUAUGUUCGCAAUCUCGACGGCGAGGCUCUCGUCUACCAAGACGUCGCGUUUGAGGUUCUGUCGUACCGCAAACAGCACGUCACGGAUCCUCGAGGCCGCUCGAUGCGAACCCCGGAGCGGAUGCAAUGGAUUGUGCGUGACGAGGACCAAGAGAUUAUUAAGUUCGUUGCCAGUGUUGACUCUCCGCUACGUUAUGGUCAUGGCCAAGGAUACGUUGCUUCGUAUCAAUUUACCGGCACGUGGCGCAACAAGGAUGUAACCGGCAUUGGCUAUCUUGAGUGGAUUGAUCUUGAAUGA